AUGAGCGUGGCGCUGCGGAACGCCCAGCGAGCCGUGCCCGUGCGCCGGGCCCCGCUCCGCCGCGCUGUGUGCGCCCUGCGGGCCGCGCUCGGUGCCUCCAGCUUCGAUGUGGGGCUGGUGUGCGCCGGUAAUGCGCUGAUGCAGCGGCUGAACGGAGCGUACCGGCACUGCCCGCAGCCCACCGACGUCCUCUCCUUCCCCUUCCACCGGGUGACACCGGGGGAGCUGCCGCGGCCGCGCCGCCGAGACGAGUACAACCUGGGGGACAUCUUCCUGGGGGUGGAGUACAUCCACCAGCAGUGCCGGGGCACCGGAGAGGACUUCGACGGCGUCCUGGUGGUGACGGCAGCCCACGGCCUGUGCCAUUUGCUUGGCUACCAGCACAACACAGAAGCCGAGUGGCAACAGAUGUACCAGAAGGAGGUGGAGAUCCUGCAGGAGCUGAACCGCCUCACCGGGGCCAACCUCCGGCCGCUGACCGCCGGCCUCUUCUGACGGGGCCGCCCCGUCGCGGCUCGGGGAUGGCGGCGCAGGGUCCCCCAUGCC